CCCGGAAACCCUCUUUCCGUUCCUCUCUCCCCUCCCCCCUGAAAAAAACUCCGGCCAGUUAGUUUUCCUUACAUGUGAAGCUUACCUGCAGGGAAAUUUACAUUCCAAUCCUCCUCAACUUCCAUCACUGUCGUAAUUUAACUAUUUCCCAUCUCAGGUUUGCCUUUACCGUGUUGGUUUUCGAUUCCUCUGUUUCUUUCUGCAGCUCGUUUUAGUUACUUGCCAGUCAGUCCUUUCCUUUUAGUCGUCGUCACCAAAAUAGAAAACCCACCACUGGUGAAAUUAAAAAGCAAUUCUAGAUAAGUUUUCGGCGAGAGACAGGUAGCAAUUGUUGUUGGGUCGAUGGUCGGUUCUCUUUGAAUCGGUCGGGGUUUUCCUUUUGUCCUCACUCCGCCGCCGUUUUGUGAAUUUCCUGCUCUGUUUCCCUCCUUCGUAAGUCAACUAGGUGAAACUUCUAUUCAAUUUACAAUCCUUCCCCAAGUAGGAGACUUCUGGCCCAUCGGACCUAUAUAUACACCGAGAACUACCAAAACCCAGAUUCCAAUUUCUUCUGGCUGGGUUUUUUCAAGGUUGUUUUUUCCUCGGGAAACAAACAGAGUACAUUACUUGUUAAAGUUCGCGUCUUUUCUCAAUUCUUAAUGGGAGGGAGAAGUUCGAAGGAGUCGGAUGGUGGCAGUCGGAGGGAGUUUGUGUCUUACGAUUCCUUCAACUACCGUCACCAGCCGCCGGCGUCGCCGUAUCCCGAGUCGCAGCCGUACUACACGCCUCAGCAUCCUCACGCGCCGCCGCCGUCGUCGUCCGCGUACGGUUAUGAACCGGAAAGGCCUCCUCAGCCGCAGAAGAAGUUGGAUAGAAGGUACUCCAAGAUUGCGGACAAUUACCAGACUUUAGAUCAGGUUACUGCUGCACUUGCUCAGGCUGGGUUGGAAUCAUCUAAUCUCAUAGUUGGCAUUGACUUCACCAAGAGCAAUGAAUGGACAGGUGCCAGGUCAUUCAACCACAAGAGCUUGCAUCACAUUGGCAACGCUCCAAACCCGUACGAACAAGCCAUAUCCAUCAUUGGAAGGACUUUGUCUGCGUUCGACGAAGAUAACCUGAUUCCUUGUUAUGGCUUUGGAGAUGCUUCGACACAUGACCAAAAUGUGUUCAGUUUCUACCCGGAAGAGAGAUUCUGUCAGGGCUUCGAAGAGGUGCUGUCACGAUACAGAGAAAUUGUUCCUCAGCUUCGACUGGCUGGGCCGACGUCCUUUGGACCAAUGGUUGAAAUGGGCAUCAGCAUUGUUGAGCAAAGUGGUGGCCAGUACCAUGUCCUUGUCAUUAUUGCUGAUGGUCAGGUUACACGGAGUGUUGACACUGGGCGUGGCCAGCUCAGUCCUCAAGAGCAGAAGACUAUCGAAGCAAUUGUCAAAGCGAGUGAAUACCCUUUGUCGAUUAUCUUAGUCGGGGUUGGUGAUGGACCUUGGGAUAUGAUGAGGGAAUUCGAUGACAAUAUACCUGCUCGAGCCUUUGAUAACUUCCAGUUUGUGAACUUCACAGAGAUCAUGGCCAAAAAUGUUAACCAAACAAGGAAGGAAACAGAAUUUGCUCUUGCUGCAUUGAUGGAGAUCCCCGCUCAAUACAAAGCCACUCUCGAGCUCGGCUUAUUAGGUCGUCGAAAGGGGAGUGGUCCAGAGAGGAUAGCUCUACCUCCGCCACAAUAUGGCAGAUCUUCCCAUGGGAGCAAUUCUAAGCCCUUCCGAUUAACUAGUUUCCAGCAGCAAGUGCCUUCUUAUCCGGAAUAUAGCUCACCAUCAGCCAGCUAUAGUGUGCCACCGGUCAGCUCAGCUCCACAAUCGAGUUCUGAUUCUGACAACAAGGUCUGUCCCAUUUGUCUUUCCAAUCCCAAGAACAUGGCUUUUGGCUGCGGCCAUCAGGUAAGAAAGCUCAACACUUUUCCACUUGUUUUGAAUGCGGAGAAGACCUGCAAUUGUGUCCCAUUUGCCGCAGUCCGAUACAGACUAGAAUCAGGCUGUAUGGAUAAAAGAUCUGUCAGCAAUCCUGAACUCGCCCAAAACUUACGAACUUAAGUAGAGGCGAGAAGAUAGUUUUUGGAGUGUACAGACAGAGUCGCGAUUUUCACCCCAUCUUGUGGUAUCUUGUAUUCCUUGAACCACGACACCACAGGAAUGGAGGAGAUGAAGCUUGGAACGACCCGGUGUCUGAUAAUGUGAUGUUGGACUGCCAAUGGUAGAUGCCUGCGUGUUUAUUAUUGCAUUUCAUUGUGGGUUUUGUGCAUAAACGUAGUUGGUUAGUAGAAUGGAGUUUCUUGUCUCUUGAGAUGUUAGGGAUGAUUUGGAUGAGGGGUUCUUUCUGGUGGGUAGAAGAGAAGAGAUGGAGAUGGCGCUCUACUCCCAACACGCAUUCUUUCAUUAUUUUUUUCUUGCCUUAUUGUUUUUGUCUGCUUCCCCUAGUCUUUGUGAGAAGAUUUUCGAAUGUGAUUUGGGUAAACUACACCACCAUGUAUGUGAAUAUUUAUUUUGCUGGUGCUUCUGGUUCCAGUUCCAGUGGUGGAAUUUUGGUCAUUAGGUUUGAUGCUGCUGGUUUGUGGAACCCUUGUUGCAUACAGAUUCAUUGUGAAUACCAUUUUCAUUUUUGUAACUCUAGGGCUGUUAAUGAGCCGAGCUGAACCGAGUUUUGCCUUGUUCAGGUUUGGUCAAUUUAUAAACGAGCCGAAUUAGAGUUCAGCUCGUCUAUGAACGAGCUGAGUCGAGCCGAACACGAGCCAGUUCAUUUAUUGAAUCUUGGCUCAUCAUUAAAAUCAAAAUCUCGACACGAGCUAAACUCUAAGAUAAUCUAUGAAUUAAAUACCCUAAUAUUUAUGUCAGAGACAUAU